UGCAGCUCAGACGGCCAUGUAAACAAGGAAAAGACUUGCGGACCGAGGAACGUAUUUCACCGCGGAUACAAAAGACACUCAGUAUUAAAUGAUACCUCUCCAUUAAACGUGGCCAACAGCCAUGGGCUUUCCUGUCACCAUCAAAGUCAAUUUCAGGGGGAAUGUGAGGAAGUUUCCCGUUGCGGACUCGGAGAAAGCACAGUGGGAAUCGGUGGAGGCCUGGAUUAAAACUACCAUUGGCUUAUGCCACUUUCAAGUAAAGUAUUUUGAUGAAGACAAUGAGGAGGUCUCUAUCAACAGUCAAGAGGAAUAUGUGGAAGCACUGAAGAGCGCUCUAAAGCAGGGGAACCAACUCCACAUGAAUGUUUACAAGAUGAAAGGGCAAGCUGAAGGUGGGGCCAUGAAGGUGGAGGUGAAGGAGCUGAAGCUUGAGAAUCGGCCAGCUCCCCCGUACCCCUCCAGGCUAAAAACAGUCGACAAGGAGACACAGGUCACCCCCGAGCGGGACUCGGUGGUAGUGAAGGAUAACAAGGGGCCCAAAGUGGAAGAUGAGGCUGUACCAGCGUGGUUCAAAUCAUACAUGGACAAGUUUAAAGACCAGGUAGUGAAGGAGGUGGUGGAUAAGAUGUGCAGUGAGUUCUCUGGACAGUGCUGCACACACAGAGGCCCCGGGCAGCGGUCCGAGGAGCCAGGCACGUCUGGGUCCCAGGGGCCCAUCAUCAGCUCCACCACAGGGGUCACGUCCAGCUCCAGCAGCCCGACCUGCAGCAGCUGCAAGGGACCAGCUACGGGGGGAGGCUACCAGUGCAGUGUGUGCCCAUCUUGCAUUCUGUGUGAGCCUUGCAGUCAGGGCCACGACCCCAGCCACAACCUCAAGAGGACGCGGACGCCCUUGUCAGUCCCUGAACGUGGGGUGACACCAGAGCCCAGGUUCCCGCGGCGCGGCGACCGGACGGUGCGCAAGGCAGAGCGCCAGCGCCUGAAAGCGGAGCGGCGGCAGCUGAAGGCGGAGGUGAAGGAGAUCAAGAAGAAGCUGCGGCUGGAGAAGCGGGGCCUGCUGUGGAGCGGCUCCACCAGCUCCAGCACCCGGCCGUCCGUGCUGGCCCUCGUCCCCGCUGCCCCAGCCCUGGACCCAGCCCCAGCCCCAGCACCGGGUCCACAGGCCACCAGUCCAGAGGGUCCCAAGGUCUCCUGCUCCACCUUGGUGCCCACAAUGACUGCCUUGUUUCUGGAUGAGAACCUGCCAGACGGCACUUGUCUGGAGCCAGGAACCAAGUUCAUCAAAUACUGGAAGAUGCACAACACAGGCAACAUCAGCUGGACGUCUGACACCAAGCUGAAGUUCAUGUGGGGGAACCUGGCCCCGGAGUCGCGGGAGCAGAGGGAGGUGGCGGUGCCCUUCCUGCAGCCGGGCCAGGUGGGCGUUGUGAGCGUGGCGUUCGUGGCUCCCCUGCUGGAGGGCACCUACACCUCCCACUGGCGCCUGGCGCACUGCGGCGAGCAGUUCGGCCCCCGCGUCUGGUGCAGCAUCGUCGUGGUGCCCGGGGGCACCGCCACCGCAUGCCAGCUGGGCGCCCGACAUCACAGCAAGAGGCCGAGAGAUGACCUUGGUCACGCCGAGAAGGAGCAUCUGGGCUGGCUGGCCACCAGGAGCUCCAAGGACACCUCGUCCGUCGGCUCCCAAAGACCCUACUACAUUCCCUCGGUGGACAUGCUGACAGCACAGGAUUUGCUGUCCUUUGAGUUGCUGGACAUAAACAUUGUGCAAGAGUUGGACAAAGUCCCAGCCAACACUCCUGUUGACAUGACCCCCUGCAUGUCUCCCCUCCCUCACCGAGGACACCUGCUGGACAAGCCUGGAGUGGAGCUGACCAAAGACAAACCUAGGCCCACUGGUGAUAAGAAACACACAGGUAAUUACAUGGUCAGUACAUUGAAGGACUCUUGUUGGUCUGGUCUUGUCAUGCAAGUGGUGCCGCCUCCAGACCACUUGGACCCUCUUGGGCACGACGAGGCAGACGAGGACAUUAGUGGGACCCAGUUUGUGUGUGAGACCGUCAUCCGCUCCCUCACCCUGGAGGAGCCGGACCACAGGCCUCGGUGCAGGGCACGGCAGGGAAACACUAAGCCUGUCGUUUCCUGUCUUGAGAGACCACUGCUGCUGAUAAGUGACAGAACACAGGGGCCAAUCACCAAGUCAAUUGAGAUUCCACCUCCCCACCCCCAACUGACUGUGCUGGAUGAGCAAGUCAUCUUAGAGAGGUUUGUUGCUUCAGAGGAAAACCUGUACACUGACCCCAGCGAGACAGAGCGGGAGGAGGAGGAUGAGGAGGAGGAGAAGCCGCCGAGGGACAUGUGUGUUGAGCCAGAGCGGGCAGAGGAAGAGCCUGAGGCCGAGGCCGGGACGGGCGACUGGGACGAGGUCAGCAGCCAGGUAUCGUCGGUCUCGUCCGAGGACUACACGGUGAUCCUGCCCGACUGCUUCGACACCUCGCGGCCUCUCGCCAGCUCCAUGUACAGCUCGGCCGUCUCCCAGCACGGGACGGCCAGCUGCCUCAGCGUCAGCGCAGCCGACCCGCAGCCUGGCCCGGUGUCGGACGCGGAGCCGGACGCACGUCACCUGGAGGGCGAGGUGGACAGGAGAGGGAGGGACACCGGGAGGCUGCGGGGGUCAUCGCCCAUCCACAGCAGCGUGACCCACAUGCUGUGCGCCUCCCAGACCUUGGAUGCCCCGGCGCUCGUUCCCGAGGUGGUGCCGGCCCCUGGCCCAAUAGCCCCACCCGUCCCGCCCCGACAUGCACAGAGGCUGGUGCCAGAGAGGGAACCAGACUUGAUCCCAAGGACAGGUCAAAGACCCAACGUCCUGCAAAGGGUGGACAGCACUUUGAAUGCACCCAACCCAACACAUGAGCUGAGCCCAGGGACCGAAUCUGGGCCUCACAGCCCCCGAGAAAGCUCCUCGAAGGAUCUGAGAUGCAAAGAAAUGACUUUUAAAGGAUACUUUUUACAGGUGCGUCACAGGGGCAUCACGGAUGGGCUGGUGAAGGGAGCACUGUCCGUGGCCGCGUCCGCCUACAAGGCCCUCUUCACUGGACAGAGCAGCUCCACACAGCGUGCGGUGGUAGCGGAGGACCCGGCGUGCGAGGCUGCAUCCAUGCAGGCUGUUCUGCAGGAGAUGGGCUUCUGCGACACGGCCCUCAACCAGCGGCUUCUCCUCAAGCACCGCCACAACCUGCUGGACGUGGUCAACGAGCUGGUGCAGCUUAACGACAACGAGUGGUACGCCUCACGCCACUGAGGAAGGAGAGGAUGAACACGCCAUGGUAACCGGCCUGCCUGCGGUUCACCUUUGGGCCAUCAGAACAUUCGGCUUCAGUCUUUUUUUCUUUUUUUUUAAACAUAAGAAAAUUUUGUGUGAAGAUGGUGCUGGGUUUGUUGUGGGUUUGGCAUGCUAAGAUGUGUACUGGAAGAUAUUAAUGGGGCUCUUCAUGGAAAGGUGUGUUUAAAUGAACAGUGGAUUAAGUUUUGUGUAAAAUUAGCAGUCCCAUCUUCAGUUUAGAUUAUACAGUGGUAGACUAGGACAGGGUGUGGGAGGAGUCAGUGGGAGAGGAAAGGUGCUCCCACUUCAACUUACUGUGGCUAAAAACUAGCCAAGUGUGUGUGUACUCAAACAGUGAUAGGAAGGAUAUGGGGGAAAUGAAACGUUCAUGUUGACUGAGGUAGGGUGAAUGACAAAGAUACAUAAGAAUUUGUUCUUUGUUUGGGCAAAAUCCAGGUUUUGGUCUAAAAUGCCCCAUACCAAUAGUACUGUGUGUUUUUUCCGUCAAAGCCUAUCCUGUUGGAUUGUGCGUGUGUGUGUGCGUGUGGUGUGUGUGUGUGUGUGUGUGUGUCCAAAACAUUACCUUAGUAAAUUCUUUCAGGCCACGUAUCUGUGCUAAAGAAAGGCUUCUGACAAAACAGGGUGAUGAGAGAAUUGGCCUCAUGUGAGCUCUUGUGCUGACCUUCAGUGCCGACUCUUUCCCCUCUCCUAGUCUGCAUCUGCCACAGUAGUAGGAAGUCAAGCGAUACAUACGUUUACAGAACUCAGACUAUAAAACCUAUACCUGAAGACACAUUACACAAUGCAUAGGACACUAAUGACUGUGCUGAAUUUUUUGUUUUGUUGCAUUUUCAAUAAAAUUGUGUUGCUCUCUGUAGACACUGAAGGACUUCAAUGCAGAAGCAUGCAAUGUUAAACAAGAGAACUGUCAGUAAAUUCAAUUUUAAACCUUCUAGAAUGUAUUUGUGAUAUUUGCACUGUGGCAGUUUAGAAUGGAUCAUGUUCAAGAUGGCAGCAUUAAAAUGAGAUACACUUUGCCUGCAAUGUGUCACACUAAAGUUACUAUAAUGCAGAUUUUUCCCUUGCUUGAGGUCCACCAUUCCCUGUUUUCCCUGUGACCGCAUAGAGUCCCUCGAACAUUCCAAAGUGAAAUCAAAUUGCAAUGAAGAGAUGACACCCUUUCAUGCCGUUGACCUUUAUAGACAUUCUCCACAAUCAAAUGACAGUGCAUCAUAGAGGGGUGUUUUGAUCUAUACACAUUACUUUUUUUUUUUUUUUUUUUUUUUUUUUUAAGAUAAGCCAAUCUUGUUAUGUUUUAUAGUGAAAAGAAUGUAGUUUACAAGAGCAGCAAAAAGUAAUUAAUUGCAUUUGUUAAAUGUAUCUCCAAUUUAUUUUUAUGCUAAUCUGAUGAAGUACUUUGUCUUUUUGUCUGUUUGUUUUUCCACGUCUGACCUAUAUGAAAUCAGUGCUUUGACCAUAACUGCCCAUAAAGCCAGUGUCAAAUCCCAGUUCUUUAACCAUAAGCCUAUAGAUAAAUCUGAGACCAUACAUGACUCUGCUGAGCCGACAUUAUUUGGAAUGUGUUUUGAAAGCACGGCCCGUGCAGACACAUUUUUUCUGUCUGCUCAGCUGAAGUCUCACUUCCCUUUCCACAAGAGGGGACCUGAAACAUACAUACAGAAAUAUCCCUGUGCUCUCUCUCUCUGUUUUUAAAUCGUGCUUCUUGUGUUGUUGUGCACCGACAACGGGGAGGUCGGCUGUUUCUCUCUUCCUCGAUUUUGCCUUUUUUCCAGAAAUUAGACGUGAAAUGGCAUAUUUGUGAUGAUGAAUAGCCUACAGUGAAAACGUGAGCUUACAUUUCUAUAGAUAACGUGGCUGGUCAUAAGUAGAGACAGAACUUUCGUUUUUUUGGCCUAGGCCUAAAGGCGAAAUGCGUUUGACAAAGUGCAUCUUGUGUUUUUCAUUCUGAACUUGGCACGUUUAAUUGUGUUUGCCUUCUGCUUAGAGAUAAUGUGGUUGUCACUUGGAUUCAGGCUGUGCUGUAACAGGUUCAGCAAGAUAGGCCUAACAGACAGGUUGUAUCAGAAAACAGAGUGUAACUGCUGUUUUUAGCUCACCAGAUUAUUGAUGAACACUGGAGCUGGUAAUGCCUCUUGUUUGUUUAAUAAAAACUGGAGACCCCAAAGCUAUUAACUAUUCUUCAAGGAAGUCAUUAUAUUUUUAGUAAAGCUGCUUUAUGUUAUAUUUGCUUUACCACACUGUAAAUAACUGGUUGAAGAAAUAAAGUAUGUCAAAACUGAAA